AUGUCGUCGGAACCAACUCAAGGAACAGCCACCGGGAUAAUUGUCGGUGCAACUAUCGGUGUCACGAUCUUCAUGAUAUUGAUGUUUACGGUGUGGCACUACUAUUCGCGGAAGAUGCAUCGCCCAAAGGGACUGCCACCUCUCGGGAGUGAGGACAUGAGCGAGAGCGAGAGCGCGAGUGUGGUCCGAUUGAUCAUUGAAGUAACCGAAUUUCUUCACGGAUGUAACGAAGCAGACUAUCUCCGGGCAAGCGGGGGAUGGCGUCAUUGUGGAGCGGACAACAUCGUGAGAAUGCCAAUUGGGUUUGGAGAUAGAAGAGAAAAGAAGUAG